AUGCGCCUACCACGGCAAACGAUGAGGAAAGCUCUUAGGCGGCCUUUUCGCGCUAAACCCUCCUUUAUUCAUCAUCCCGAGCGUACGCUAAUAUGCCGCAGCUCUCGCAUACGCCGACGUCGCCCAACUUCAAGCGGGGUGUCACAUUCUGGGGCACCGUCGGCGCGGUGAUGACUGCGCUGCACAUCAAGGACAAGUUUGACGAAUACCGACAAGUCUCCUCGGAAGAAGACGAUGAACUUGGGCGGGUAGCAUUGUCGACGCCGACUGGAGCGCCUCCGCGCUACAGAGAUGGCGACGAGGAGGCCCAGGAGGCUCUCCUUAAUACGGAUAUUCCUUCUGCGCGCCAGAAGAGGAAACGUCAGCCGGGAUGGUGCGUCUGCUGUGGUCUGAACUGCGGCCUUUUCUGCAAAGCCCUCGGCAUCACUGUACUCCUCUUUCUGAUAUUCGGGGCCGUCAAACUCAUCAUCUGGGCUGUAAGCCCUCAAGAGACUGGUCUGGAUGGCAUGCCCGUCUUCGGAACAUCUCUCGGAUGCUCGGGCAAGCAAGCGCCCUACAUCUACAACUACGACACUCAGCGCUACCAUAUCCCCAUCGGCACUGAGAAAGCUGACCACAUGCUCGACCUCCGCGGCGACGCCGUCGGCACACUCACCAUCGCUCAAGGCGCGGAGGAUGCCACCCACGUCGUCUUCGAGAUGACCCUCCGUUCGAACAAUGCCGACAUUCUGAAGGACGUCAACGUGCACAUACCCACAGCCGAUGGCCCCGAAGGGACCACUUCCGAUAGCCGCGCCGUCCUCUCUACCCCGGCCUUCUCGCACAGCAUCACGGACGCAUGCAUGCGAUACGACGCGACGAUCUACGUCCCGCCGAACCUCCAGCGCCUCCACGUGAAGACGCACACACUCUCGCACGUCCAGUUCGCACCGGACGCCACCGGCCUCGAACUCGACACGCUCUUCGUCACGAUGUACAAGAUGAGCAGGGACAACAUCCUCGCGCCGCACGAGAGCGUGAAGGCCAAGCGGCUGGGUCUCGAGGUGUACCGCGGCUGGAUCGUCGGCGAAGUGUCCAUCCUUGACAAAACGACGGUCACGACGCAGCGCGGCGACGGCAUCGUCAACGUGCACGCCGUACCCGUCCAUGGAUCUCACGCCGAGCACGACGGACCCGCGUCGUUCAGCACGGUCACGGGCUUCGGCAGGACGGAUGUCCGCUACCUCUCGAGCAGCCCUCACCGUGCGGUCAACAGCGAGCACCUCGUCCAGGGCCGUGGCGACACCUACCUCCACUACGAGGGUGCGUCCUUCAACGGCCACUUGGACGUGCGGGCGAAGUCGUACACCGCCAAGGGCGUACAGGGCCUGAUGAAUAACGAUGCCUAUGUCGGCAACAAGGACGGCCAGGACAAGCUGUCUGUGUCAUCCCCCAGCGGAUGGGUUGGCCUCUACUUCCAGUGA